AUGAAAAAUGAUAAGGAAAGCAGCGGCAGCGGGCACAUCCCCGAUAACACCUUAAAUGUACAAAGAACAUCAUCAGAUUCCUAUGCUAAUUCACAAGGUUCAUACCAAAGUUCAUAUGAAGAAAGUUAUAUGCCCAAGAGUCGUGUUAGAAGAUUUGUGGAUCUGUUCAAGCCAUUUGACUACGAUGACAUCCCCUUUGACACUUCGCAAUUGAAUCCCAUUGAAAGAUCUAUUAUGGCAUCUUCAGCCCAUCCAUUGGCCAGAAAGUUAAAAUCGAGACACUUGCAAAUGAUUGCCAUUGGUGGUGCCAUCGGGACUGGGUUGUUUGUUGGUUCCGGUUACGCGUUGGCCCUUGGUGGCCCAGGUUCAUUGGUUAUAGGGUACUUUUUGGUUGGUUAUGGGAUCUUCACCAUGGUAAUGGCUUUAGGUGAAUUGUCUGUUCAAUUCCCUGUAUCUGGUUCAUUUAACUCUCAUUUCUCUCGUUUCUUUGACCCUUCAUUGGGUUUUGCUCUUGGUUUAAUGUAUGCCUUUUCAUGGUUGAUCUCCUUUCCUUCAGAACUUAUUGCAUGUGCGUUGACGGUACAAUAUUGGACAACAACUAUAAAUCCAAGUGUCUGGGUGGCUAUAGUUUUGUUAAUGAUUGUUGUGAUUAACCUUUUUGGAGUUAAGGGUUAUGGUGAAGUGGAAUUUGUCCUAAGUAUCAUCAAGGUUUUAGCAGUGGUGGGUUUCAUCAUUGUUGGUAUUUGUAUCACUUGUGGUGUUGGUGAUCAAGGUUUUAUUGGAGGUAAAUAUUGGCAUAACCCAGGAAGUUUCAACCAUGGUUUGAAAGGUGUUUGUUCAGUAUUCAUCCUGGCAGCCUUCUCAUUUGGUGGUUGUGAAUUGGUAGCCUUAGCAGCUGCUGAAACUGAAAACCCACGUAUCUCCUUGCCUAGAGCCACUAAACAAGUGUUUUGGAGAAUUUUUGUCUUCUAUGUCCUUACGGCUAUUGUUGUUGGUUGUUUAGUUCCUUACACUGAUGAGAGAUUACUUAAUAAUCUGGGUGUUACUGCCUCCCCAUUUGUUCUUGCUAUUGAAGCUGGUGGUAUCAAAGUCUUACCUCACAUUAUGAAUGCCGUCAUUAUUGUAGCUGUGGUUUCUAUUGGGAAUGCGUCUGUCUAUGGUUGUUCUAGAACACUUGCCUCUUUGGCCGUUCAAGGUUUAAUUCCUUCGCAUUUUGGCUACAUUGAUCGUAUGGGAAGACCUUUGGUUGCAGUUGGGUUUACAUGUCUUAUCGGAUGUCUUGGAUUCCUUGCCUCUUAUGAGAAACAAGAUGAAGUAUUCAUCUGGUUCUUUUCCAUUUGUUCGUUAUCUUCAUUCUUCAUUUGGAUCUUCAUUUGUGCUACACAUAUAAGAUGGAGAAUGGCUUUAAGAUGUCAAGGAAGAUCUUUAGAUGAAGUGAUCUUUGCUUCUCCCUUGGGUAUUUGGGGUUCAAUCUCUGGUAUCGUUAUGUUUAUCCUCAUUGUUGUCAGUCUUAUAUGGGUAUCCAUUUGGCCCCUUAGCAAUGGCGGUAAAGCCAGUGUUACUACGUUCUGGCAAAACUGUAUGUCACUUCCCAUCUUGAUUCUCCUUUGGGCCGGCCAUAAAACUUUGAGAGGCUCUUGGAGUUACUUAUGGAUUAGACUUGAAUUUGUUGAUCUUGAUACGGGACGUAGAGAAAUCGAUGUUGAAAAGUUGAAGCAAGAAAUUGCUGAUGAAAGACAAGGAAGAAAAGAAAUGCCUAUUUGGAGGAGACUCUAUAGGUUUUGGUGUUAG